AUGAGGAACAUAAUCAUGCAAACAAAAGGAGGGCAACUACAAAGGAUUAAUGAGCUACAUGCAAGUUACUUAGCUUAUCAGUAUCCUUUGAUUUUUUCCUAUGGAGAAGAUGGUUAUAGGCCUAACAUAGCUCAUCGAGACUUAGGCAUCUUCCGAGACAAUAAGAGAAACAGACUAACCAUAAGGGAAUGGUUGUCAUUUCGAAUUCAAAGUAGAUUUAAUGAAGCUAAGACAUUGUUAUCAUCACGACGACUAUUCCAACAAUUUUUGGUUGAUGGUUACACAAUGUUAGAGUCUGAAGAAUUAGAAUGGAUCCAAAAAAAUCAAUCAAAACUCAGGGUGUCAAAGUACAAUAGUCUUAAUGAUGAAGGUGAUCAAAGUCAAACACCAGGAUCAUCCAUAGGGAAAAGAGUGGUUUUGCCAUCUUCCUAUGUUGGCGGUCGUAGGUUUAUGGGUCAAUUGUACUAUGAUGGCAUGGCUAUCUGUAGUAAAAUGGGAUUCCCCGAUUUAUUCAUAACUUUUACUUGCAACCCAAAUUGGCCUGAGAUACAAAGAGUAUUGACACCUCUUCAUUUGAAAGCACAAGAUAGACCAGAUGUUAUUUCUAGGAUAUUCAAAAUCAAGUUUGAUCAAUUACUUUCAGAUUUAACAAAGAAGGGUGUGUUAGGCAAGGUGCUUGCAUAUAUGUACACCAUUGAGUUUCGAAAGAGAGGGUUGCCACAUGCACAUAUUUUGAUAUUUUUGCAUCCUUCUAACAAGUAUCCAACACCUGAAGAUAUUGACAAAAUCAUUAGUGCUGAAGUGCCUGAUCCUUUGAAAGACCCAAAGUUGUAA